AUGCAAGGCUUCAACAAAUACUAUCCACCCGACUACGACGGCGAGAAACAUGGCAGUCUCAAUGCUUACAGAGGAAAGCAUGCCCUCGGUGACCGGGCGAGGAAGAUAGAUCAAGGAAUCCUAAUUGUCCGCUUUGAGUUGCCGUUCAAUAUCUGGUGCGGAACAUGUAACAAUCACAUCGGCAUGGGCGUCCGCUACAAUGCGGAGAAGAAGAAGAUUGGGAACUACUACUCGACGCCCAUGUACUCGUUCCGUUGCAAAUGUCAUCUGUGCGACGGGUGGUUUGAAAUCCAGACAGAUCCACAGAACACGCGAUACGUGGUCACAUCUGGUGCUAGACAGAAGGAUGAGGAUUGGGAUCCCGAAGAGAACGGAGGUUUCGCGGUACACGAGACCAACCCCAAUGCGGGACCCGUGGACCCCCUCGCCGCACUCGAGAAGUCAACCGACGCCCAGAACUACGUAAACCAGGUCCAGGUUCCGCGGCUCGAAUCCAUCCAGUCGCUGUCUGACCACUACGGCACCGACCCAUACUCGCUCUCCAAGAAGGCCCGGAAACGGUUCCGGGAAGAGAAGAAGGUCGAGAAGGCCAAGCAAGAGUCCGACGACAAGCUCAAGAGCACGUACGGGCUCCCAGAGACGCUCGCGCUCACCGCAGAGAGCGAGGAGAGCAAGGCCGAGGCGAACAAGCUGUGGCAGGAGGAGAAGCAGGCGCUGCGCGAGCGCGAGGAGGCGAAGCGCAGAAAGCUGACUCACGACGCCGCGGUGCCUCCUCGACUCGGGAAGUCGUCGCGCGUUGCUCUGCCAGCGAAGAGCCGGGGCGGUUCAGCGUCGAGUUCAGCAGUCUCAUCAUUGCGAGCGAAGAUCCUCGAGAACACAGCGCGGCGAUCACAGCCAUUAGGUGCUUCGGGGCGAUUGAAACCUCCCGAUAUUAAAGGGAGCAUUCUACGUCGGUGA